AUAAUUAUAAAAAAAUAAAACGACGGACUGACGCCGAUAGAUGCAUAAACACGUAUCCCAAUGUGAUAAACCCGUGAAAUAUUUUGUGGUUAUUUACAAACCAGUCUCAUUAGUACCGUAUAUCUCUCGUUGUGUAAUUUUGGCAGAAUUAACGCCGAAAAGUCAAAACUUUAAUCUUGUUGCUGAGCGCACCGUAAAGUAAUCGUAUUCGUCGAUUAUUGUGGCUGGGUUACUGUUGACAGUUUUGAUGUAUAGGAUAGCAACUUUAUUUCGUGCGAUUGUGUUUAGUUGUGUUUUACCACUACAGACAAAUUGUUUCCUGUGCAUGAAAUGCCACGAAAGAUGCUUCGUUAGAUAUUGCAUUUCAUGUGCCUGCCCAGAAUUUAGCGUAUUAAGAUGUAACGUCCAUAAUUCAGUAUCAUUUCUAACUAGCCGCAGUGUCAAGAAAAAUGUGUGUGAGCUCAAUCUUGUGUAGCAGUGUAGACCGGCUUUGUAUGAAGUUGCAGGUACCUAGAAUUGUAGCAGCUAUGGAACAUGACACAAAUGGCUGGGUGAAAAAAGAAGAGAUGAAUCUGGAAUGUAACCCCGUGGUUGUCGAAGAUCCAUUUGAAACAUCAAGGGUCUAUGUCUAUAUUAAAGAAGAUCCAGACUUAGAUUUGGGAGUGGAUGCAACUGACAAUGGUGAGGCAUCCACAAGAGGACUUGCAUCAGAUAGCGCACGAUCAUCUCAUCUGUCCAAUGAAAACUAUGGCUCUUCAUUUAAAGAAACUGUUUCUCCAGCUGUGACCUGUGAUGAGCUGACACAGGAAACUGUCACACACAGUAAUUCCUUCUGCAAUGCAGAUAACAUGAGUGAGAUGGACAAUGAAUUCUGUGACUUCACCUGUGAUACAUGCCUGCAAAGAUUUUCCUCAAAAUACAGCCUCAUAAUGCAUGUAUUCAUUCACAUUGACACUGCACAGCCACCAUUACAUGUUUGUAGAUGUUGUGGUGAAGUGUUUCUUGACAAUGAUGCCCUGAAUAAGCAUGUCAGUAUGAAGGAGGAUGGCAGGACCUUGAUUGCACAACCAUUUCCUGAUACCAGGGAGGUGUACAGCUGUAGAGAUGUGUGCGAGAAUAUAUUCACUGCAAAAGAUCACAUGCCUGUUGCUCUAACUGCACCCACUGUUAGUGAUUCAUGUGGACAGUUUGCAAACAUUUAUUAUGCCUCACAGGGAUAUUACUGUGAUCCCAGUAGCUGGUCUCUCUGUCAAAAAAAUGGUAAAACAGUUUCCUCAUGCCCUAUACACACCAAGCCACACAAGUGUGAUGUAUGCAGCAAAUCUUUUGCUUAUGCAUCUCUUCUCAGAACCCAUUCCUUAGUACAUUCUGGAGUAAUGUCGCACAAAUGUGAUGUUUGUGGAAAAAUGUUUGUUAGUGUUGAUCAUCUUAAAAAUCACAAAUCAGUGCAUUCUGCUGCAGAGAAACACAAAUGUGAUGUAUGUGGCAAACUGUAUACUACAGUUCAUAACCUCAAAGCUCAUACAUUAGUGCACUCUGCAGCGAAGGCACACGAAUGUGCUAUAUGUGGCAAAUUGUUUGCUACACUUGGUCAGCUCAAAUCCCAUGCAAUAGUUCAUUCUGGUGUGAAGAAACACAAAUGUGAUGUUUGUGGCAAAUUGUUUGCUAGAUUUGGUGAACUCAAAGUUCAUGGCCUAGUUCAUUCUGCAGUGAAGUCACAUGAGUGUGAUAUUUGCGGAAAAUUGUUUGCUAGACCUAGUAAUCUCAAAGCCCAUACCCUACUACAUUCUGCAGUGAAAUCACACAAAUGUAAUGUUUGUGGUAAAUUUUUUUCUAGACUUGGGCAGCUCAAGAACCAUGAAUUAGUGCAUUCUGGGGUGAAGGCACACAAAUGUGUUGUGUGUGAAAAAUCGUUUGCUUUACUCAGUAAUCUCAAAUCCCAUGCGUUAUUGCAUUUGGGGGUGAAGGCACACAAAUGUGAUGUUUGUGGCAAAUUGUUUGCUACACUUCGUGAGGUCAAGUACCAUUCGAUAGUACAUUCUGGGUUAAAGUCACACCAGUGUGAUGUGUGUGGCAAAUUGUUUGCUAGACGUAGUGAGCUCAAAGUUCAUUUGUUAGUGCAUUCUGAUUUGAAGCCACACAAAUGCAAUUGUUGUAGCAAAUCUUUUGUACGGGCUGUUGAUCUCAGGAGGCAUAUGCAAGCACAUUUUAAGAGGAAAGGGCAUGUAGCUUCACAUAUUGAAAGCUCCCAUCCUAGUUAGAUGUACAGCAAAUUUUGCACUUAAUUCAGUGUUUGAACUUCAGUGCAAGAUUGGUAAUGAAGUGCUUUACUGUGAAUAAUGAAUUGGCUGUUUGUUGUGACAGUUCAUAUUUUUAUUCUGACAAAUUCAUUUUGUGAUAUGUAUUUCAUUUUGUUAGCUUUGUUUUGUAAGUGUAUUUGCAAACAAGCAAAGUGGAUGUAAAAGGUGUAAUUUCUGUUGUUGCUGUUUCAGAGUGUUCUUUAUAUAUAGAGAGAGUAUAUAUAAUCAGUUGGACAACACUGCCAGCAAUCCUUAAAAUGAAUAUUUCAGCUCUUUUAUUCAUAUCAGAGUAGAGAAAAUUGUGUGUGUGCAGUGGAACAGUUAUACUGGAAUGUUAAGCGAGUUAAGAUAUACAUUAGACUGUGCAAAAAUAGUUCCAGGAAUUACUUCUAUGAUGUUCAGUGCUUCUCAUAUUGCAUAAAAUACAAAAGUAACUAAAUAUAAAAGCCAGUCAAAUGAAAACCAAAGACCCACCAUAAUACCUGUCCCAGCGACAGGUGGCUCCACUAUUCUUAUGUUUCGGUACUGUUACCGCUGUGGUAUGGUAACGGCAUAGUGCCACAUGAGAGGCGUUGGGUAAUGGCCUUGGUUGUUGGUGUACGGGUGGGGUGUGUUCGUGCAGCUGUUGACUUGGAGGCAAGUGAAGAAGAGCAGGGAGGUGUGGUUCAUUUUCUGGUGGCUGAGGGUGCUAGAGUACACAAAAUUCAUCAUCGCAUAUCAGCUGUGUACGGUGAACACUGCAUCCCUGGUAUGUGUGCACAAGUGACAGAGGAGAUUCCAGGAAGGGCACAUAACACUGCAAGAUCCAUGCCCAGGACAGACCUGUUGAGCUAUUAACCCUGAUGUGGGGGGCAGAUUGAUGGUCAUAUCUGAGUACGCUGAUGAAUAACAGAGGAUGAAAUUUGUGUUCAGGUAAGCUUUAGUCAUGGCUCCAUGCAUGCUGUCAUCAAAGAUUGCUUGCAUUACUACAAAUUUUUGGCUCAAUGGGUGCUACAUCCACUGAAUGAGGAACAAAUAUCCACAGAAUGGUGUCACGUCUUGAGUCAUUUACUGUGGUACCACAAGAAAGGGCAUCCACAUUGUCACAGGGGACAAAAGGUGAUGGCACCAUUUCAAGCCUGAGGGCAAAUGGUAAAGUCAACAGUAGAAACAUUCCACUUCUCCCUGCCAAGGAAGGCCAAAGCUGUUAACACAAAUUCAGGUAAGAUACGAUGACAUCCUCCUUCGAAUUCAGGGGCCCUCUGCUCAUUGAGUUCCUUGAGCGUGGAACCACAGUCAAUGCUCAAUGCUGCAAAGACAUUGUGCAGACACUGUGACGUGCUGUAAAGUCAAAAGAUCCAGGAUGCGGUCAGAUGGAAUCAUACUUUUUGUUGGUAAUGCCCCCCCCCCCCCCCCCACACACACACACAUAUUAAGGUUUCGCACAAACAAAUUUAUUUUGAAGCAUUCCAAAGGACAGGGUGUAGUGAUGACUUCAUUUGAAUAAGCUCAAGGUUUCCCAAUAUGCUGAAGCACUCAGUACAGUAUUGACCUUACUCGAACAAUUGUGUGACAAUUGAAUCAUGACUGUAGUGCAAGGGAUAAAUGAGAAACUAUGAAGCAGUCACUAUGAUAGCCACUACAACAGUCUAAUGCUCUGUUUAAAAGUUGACAGUUUUGUGAAACUCAGGAGGAAAAAGAAUUUAAUUCUAUCAACAUAAAAACUUCUGUUGGAUUUCAACAGGUUUGCAGCAAAAUUUCUCAUUAGCAUAUGGAUGUUUAUUGGUUUUUAAAUAAAAGUAACAUUAAAAGGUGAAAAUCUUUCCUUCAAAAACCUUUAUUUGAUUCUGAACUGAAGUCAAUAUUUUAUUUGGUUACAAGAAACUGUAAUGAUUUCCCAGGGGGGUUGCAAGUGAGUAAUUCGGAGACUGUUCACAUUUUAGAAUACCGGUGAAUAGCAUCACUAGCAUGUUAAUUGGUUUUAGAACAAGAUGGUAACAUUCAGAUGAAAUAAGAAAGAAAUAGGAUUAAACUGACAGCAAUUGUUAUCCUAAGAAUAGUGGUAAGAUCAUUGUGGAGAUAGUAUCAAUAUACCUCACUAAAUCACAGGACAAUCAAAAGUUCGACAAUUGGACUGAGCUGCUGCUGUUGCAUAUGAGCUGCACCAUAGGGGAUAUUGCUGUAUGUAUUUCACUAUUCUUCAAGCACAGCAGUACGGAAGGGUUGGAAGGUGAACAGUGACAUCUUGGGUGAUAACUACCUUGAGUGUGGGCAAAGGAGUUGCAAGCAGGCAGCUAAAGUGUAGACUGGAGCCAGCGACGUACUUACGAGUUUUGUUUAGCAAUGUUGUCAACACUCACCGUCAGGUAUGAAGUAACGAUAAGACAUGUCAGCUUCUGGUUCUUCACAAGAGCUGUGGGCAGACAAUAUGUUUGGAACCAAGAGAAAUUGUAAAAUUAUCAUGUCAGGAUAGACACAAAAUCUGCUGUAUGUUCAGAAAAAAAACAGCUUUUGCAACCAGCACCACGCAAGUAACGAGCAGCCCUUAGUGGCUCGCAAUCACAGUUUUCGUUAUCUUAAAUAUCUUUUUGACUAAUGCCUGUUUGGCAUAUUUAUUAUUUUAUAAAUGACAUAUAAGUACUGUCAGUCUUUUACGAUUCCAUACUUAUACCCUAUCUUACGUUUUUAGUCAUUAUUCUGUGACCAUGUUAUAGAAUAUAGACCAUUCUUUAUUUUAAAUUCUGAAGAAGACACUCCUAGCAGUGUUGAAACUAGGUUAAUUUCUUAAAAAUAAUGACCGAGGGCUGUUUUUCUUUAAAUUGUAAAAACAGUGUUGUUCUCAGGUACCACCACAACCACAACCACAACCAUAGAAGUUGCAACGUAUUCAGAAUAAAUAUCCAAAUAUUUAUGAUAACAAAGAUAUAAGUUUCAUAGCUUCCCUAUUAAGAUGAUGAUGAUGAUUAUGAUGAUGAUUAAAAAUAGUGAUACCACAGGUGACAGUAAACAAAAAAGGCAGUGAAGAUAAAAAUUAAUGUAAACCAUUUUUUUUUGUUUAGGCUAUUUUAUUUGUCCUUGUAUUAUCAAAAUGUAGACAGUGAAUAAAUUGCAUACGUUUAAAAUAGAUCCAUUGUUAACUUUUUAGUCAGAUGUCUCACAUGCACAAAAGUUUGUAAUUCUGAUUAGUCAGAAUAUAUUAAAAAUACAUUUUUCUCAAGGAGCCUCUUAAAAAGGGGGGAGGGGGUCUUCUUAUAUUCAGGGUUGUCUUACACUUGGAUAAAAAUGUCGUUUGGCAGUCUGAAGAAAGAAAUGCAUGGACAUUGUUUUCAGUUGGACAAGGAAGUACAAAAGGGAAUGUGAUCCUGGGUCCCAAGUGGGGUAAAUGUUUUAAUGUACAUGGUGAUUAAUUUUCAAUGGAAUAAUUCCAUGGUCUCACUGUGGCGAGUGUUUGGUUUUCAUUUGACUUCCCCUCAUUAGUACCAUUCGUGCAAAAAACCUCAGCUUAAAAAUUGUUCUAGAACUAGUAGAAAGAAUUUGAGAUGUGAUCAAGAUAUUAACUUAUCAUAUGCAAGAAGUAUGUUUCUACUUUGAUUCAGUAUGAGGUCAAAUGAUGUCAUAGCAGAUGUAUUGCAGAAACUAUGUAAUUAAAUAACUUUUGCUCAGUAAUAUUCUGGUAAGUUGUUUUGUUGAUGGACAGAUACCUUAUUUAAUUAAGUUCUGACUUGUUCAGUGUUGCAUGAUCUAACAGUCCACCUUCACUGUCCUAUCAAUGAGUGAUUGUUGUUUUAUUUCAUUUUAAAAGGAACAUUUCUUCAC